CUGGCAAAAUGGCGGCGGGACAGCAGCCGCAGCUGGCGGGUCCUGGAGUCUGAAUGUCCCCACUGGAGCUCUCGCGACAGUGAUGAUGGCGGACCCUGCGUGGAGAGACCCGAGUGGGCGACCGGCAGAGCUCCCCGGAGACCUGUCCUCCCAGGAGGAGGAAGAGGAGGAGGCCGACGCCGAAGCCAGCGACUUGAGCUCCUGCUCCUCAGCCAGCAGCGACACUGAUCUGGAGCCUGAGUGGCUGGACAGUGUGCAGAGGAAUGGAGAACUAUUUUACCUGGAACUAAGUGAGGAUGAGGAGGAGAGCCUCCUUCCAGAGACCCAGACUGUGAACCAUGUGAACCAUGUCAGGUUCAGCGAGAAGGAGGUCAUCAUUGAAGAGGAUGAUCCCAGAGAAAGAAAGAAGUAUGAGCCCAAGCUCAAGCGCUUCACCAAGAUCUUGAAAAGCAAAAGACUUCUACCCAAGCGCAACCACAAAAAGAACAGCAAUGACAGCGGCCCGGUGUCCAUCCUCAAGCACCGGUCCAACCAGAAGACCGGACUCACGGUGCAGCAACGGUACAAGGACGUGAUGGUCUACAUCAACCCCAAGAAGCUAACUGUCAUCAAAGCCAGGGAGCCACUCAAACUCCUGGAAGUGCUGGUGGGAAUCAUCCAUCAGACCAAGUGGAGCUGGAGACGGAGUGGGAAGCAGGCAGAUGGAGAGAGGCUCGUGGUGCAUGGCCUGUUGCCAGGAGGCUCUGCUAUGAAGAGCGGUCAGGUACUGGUUGGCGAUGUCCUUGUUGCUGUGAAUGAUGUAGAAGUGACUUCUGAAAACAUAGAGAGAGUUCUGUCUUGCAUCCCUGGGCCAAUGCAGGUAAAGCUAACAUUUGAAAAUGCAUAUGCCGUGAAAAAGGAAACAGCCCAACCAAAAAAGAAAAAGACACAGGCCUGCACGAAUGAUUUGGUAAAACUCCUCUGCGGGUUAGAGGCUGAUGGUGUUCAGCAGAGUGCCCUGGAUGUCCCACACAUCACCAUGUACCUCACGCUGCAGAUCCACUCAGAAGCAGCCAGAGAGGAGCAGGAAAUUCUUUACCAUUACCCAGUGUCUGAAGCAUCUCAGAAACUCAAGAGCGUAAGGGGCAUUUUUCUCACACUCUGCGACAUGCUGGAAAGUGUAACUGGGACACAAGUCACUAGCUCGUCCCUCCAUUUAAAUGGAAAACAAAUUCAUGUUGCUUACUUGAAAGAAUCUGACAAGUUGUUGUUAAUUGGCCUGCCUGCUGAAGAAGUUCCUCUUCCCCAGCUAAGGAACAUGAUAGAAGACGCUGCUCAAACCCUAAAGUUUAUGUAUGGUUCUUUAGACAGUGCCUUCUGCCAGGUUGAGAACGCUCCUCGUUUGGAUCAUUUCUUCAGCUUGUUCUUUAAGCGAGCUCUCCAGCCUGAUAAGUUCUAUGUCAGUGCCAGUCCCAGCGCUCAACAGUAUGAUGCAGCCAGCGCCGUGCUCUUAGACAACCUCCCCGGAGUCCGCUGGCUCGCCCUGCCACAGGAACUCAAGGUGGAACUGGACACAGCGUUGAGUGACCUUGAGGCCGCAGACUUCGCAGAACUGUCCGAGGACUACUAUGACAUGAGACGGCUGUAUACAAUUUUGGGGUCUUCUCUGUUCUACAAGGGUUAUUUGGUGUGCAGCCAUCUGCCUAAGGAUGAUGUUGUUGAGAUUGCUGCCUACUGUCGCCAGUACUGCCUGCUGCCUUUAGCAGCAAAGCAGAGAAUUGGCCAGCUGAUAAUAUGGAGAGAAGUGUUCCCACGAUAUCACCUCCAGCCUCCUACAGGCUCAGACACCGAGGUCUUCCAGGAACCUGAAGGGAGAUAUUUUUUACUGAUUGUUGGGUUGAGACAUUAUAUGUUGUGUGUGCUAUUAGAAGCCGGAGGCUGUGCAUCUAAAGCUAUUGGUACCCCUGGUCCAGAUUGUAUCUAUGUCGAUCAGGUCAAAGCAACUCUUCAUCAGCUGGAAGGAAUAGACUCCCGCAUAGAGGAGCAGCUAGCCACACCUCUGGGGCCGUGCUUGUCUUGCGCUGACUGGUUCCUUGCUGUACCACGUGAAAAGGCGGAUGGUCUGACUACUUCACCUAUCCUCAGUAGGCUCCAGGGGCCUUCCAAAACAGCAACCUCUCCAACAUGCAGAAGAACCUUCUUCAGUGACUAUUCCUUCAAGGCACGAAAGCCCAGUCCCUCCAGAAGCAGUGGAGGAUGUGAGCCUGGUGAAAGGGGAGAAGGUGUUGGUCUGAGCCCACACACUACCCCAGAUGCAGUACGGAAGCAAAGAGAAUCUGAUGGCUCAGAUGACAAUGUGGCCUUGCUUAAGCUCACUAGAAAGAAGUCAACGCUUCCAAAUCCGUUUCAUUUGGGAAAUUUGAAAAAAGAACUUUCAGAAAAUGACCUGGAAGUCUAUAACAUGGUGAAAUUGACCUCUGGUCCUGAGAAUACACUCUUCCACUACGUUGCCUUAGAAACAAUGCAAGGCAUCUUCAUCACCCCCACCCAUGAAGAGGUGGCUCAGCUAGGUGGUUCCAUCCAUUCUCAACUAAUAAAGAAUUUCCAUCAGUGCUGUCUCUCUAUUCGUGCAAUUUUCCAGCAGACACUGAAGGAAGAGAAAAAGAAAGCGCUAAGUGGUGGAGGUGAUUCAGAGUCUGCAAACUCGUUGUCUUCUCUGACCCCUGUGAAAGAACAUGGCGUGCUGUUCGAGUGUUCACCUGAAAACUGGACUGACCAGAAAAAAGCACCACCAGUUAUGUGCUACUGGGUGGUAGGGUCUCCGCAAAUAAAAAACUGAUCAUUUCUGAAAUCAGCAGCGGGCUUCAUAAAGGAUCUUGAAAUCAAUUGAUGAGCCGAUUUAUAUUUUUAAAAAGUCUAUGGGUGAUGAUUAAAAUGGCUGCUUCAGGAAGAUUAAUCUAGACAUGGUAUAUUAAAUAGAAAGAUAAACUGGUAAUACUAGCAGAAGGGGUGAGUGAAGCAGAUGGAAGUGCGUGGAAGCAGAAUUUGCCAAUUAAUGUCAUGAUCACUAGUCAAACUAUUAACAAGAUUCCUGGUCUGCAGUCCUGGCCUAAAUGUCUCCUUACUAGACACAAAACUAGAAAACUUAUAGCAUGCUUGAGAUAGGAAUGAAAAAUUAAGUCCUUGUGUUCAAGAGAGCUAAAACUCAUCCAUCUCCCAAUAAAAGUGUCUCUUGGUGGGUCAUACCAAAUGAAGGAUAAGGCAGACGACCUACUGAAAAAUAUUAAACAUGCUUUAAAAAGAAAUUAAGAAUGUGUAUAUGAUGCCAUGGUGGGAUCUGGUAUAUGGAAUUAAACAAAAACCCAGAUAGAAGAAAGAGACAUUCUUGGGGCAAUUCUGGUAGAGCCAGUCUUGAAUGUGGUAUCAGCUUCUGAAGAGGCCUCAAGCGUGGGGUAAGGGCAGACUUGGUGAACUUGAGCCCUUCAGGGACUCCAUGAAAAUAAAAGUCUUUUCUUAAUGUUGUUGAGACUUAAGUGGCUUUUUUUUUCCACUUUCAUUCUGUCCUAAUGACACAAUGGAAGAAAUUUUCUAGGGGGUCACGUGUG